CAACUUUCGAACCCUGCUGCAGGCUCCGCACAACUUUUGCCAUUGGUGGUGGCUUGAAAGAAUGCACAGCUCCUCAUCAGCAGGACAUUUUGCUGGGGAACUUUCUGUAAUCUGUCAUCUUUGAGGCAGCCAUAGGUCCUACUCAAAGCCCUGAGCUUCCUACCCACUUUGUGUCCUCCUUUCAGAGAUUGUGCCCUCCUGUUUCGGGUGGUUAGCUGGUGGUGAAAAGUCCGUAAGUCACAAUCUGCAUCAUGCUGAGAUUUGGUUUCACCUUUGGGUAAGGCUCUAGCCAUGUUGCUUGUUUGAUCGGGAGCAGUGGGCUUAAAGGUAGUGCCGUCGACCCAUCAGGCUUAGUGCACCGAUGUCCUCGUCUUGGGCUCGUUGUGCGAGAAAGCUGCAUUGGACCACGCAAUCUGGUGACUAUGGAGCUUCUAGAAACCCAAGCCCUUCAGCAUCUACAAAAUUGAGAAUCAAAACGACGGGGAGAUGCAUCUGCCAACGACAACGUUUAGUAACACCUACCCAGUCCUUAAACACCCAAAACCUGCUCAGACACAUCGUAUCGUUCCCCUCGCUGCUAUUAUGGCCGAUUCAAACGGCCUCCAACAGAAUACAUACACACAAACAGCCCCCCACCCUGGCAAAAGUAAGCCCCCCGCCAGUCCCCCAUAUCCACAGCAGUAACGGAAGAAACCCCACAAUGUCAGCAACUGACCAAGCGCCUAACCUAGAAAAUGCGCACCCCUUAGUGAGCCAUAAGGCGAUGCAAGAGGCCAUUGCGCACGCCGCUAUUCCUCUUCCUCCCAGAAAGAAAAGAGCCCAGGCAGGGGAUCCAGCAGACCCGCCGGCGGGAUUCAUUCUGAACGAGAGAGGGGGGCUCGUAAAAGUAGAAGAGGCAGAGAGAGCCACUAUCCUGAGAGAUCCUGAGUCGGGCCGCAACUUAGAGUGUAUAGUUAGGAGGCGGAUCAAGAGUAGGCAGGGCCGGGAGUACCUUCUGCUUUUGGCAAUGGACACGCCCAUCGAAGUUUUGUUAGCGGACCACUCUAGUCAGACCUACAAAGAGAUUAGCGAUGAAGACGUUGUCAAACUACUGCCGCAUGCCACAUUUGCACUAGCGAAGAGAAAGCUGCACCUAGUCCAGAGCGGGUUCUGUCUAACCGUAAGAGGAGCUGUAUCAUACACCGAAGACGACAUCGUCGAGCUAGACAAAGGUUCAGGAAAUGGCGAAACUGAUGCGGCAGCCGAGGGCGUAGAGAUCUGCAGGUUUAGACUGGAAGAUAACGAGUAUCUGCUGUACACACCAUUUGAGCCGGUCCUCUUUGUAGCAUAUCGGGAUGGACCCCAGGAGGAGCUCCAACUAGCCGUCGACCAUGAGUUUGAAGACCGAGCCGUGCACACACUGCUGCAAGAGGAGCGGCGGUUUCAAGAGAUGGUGGAUGAAGAGGAAGCGUUUGAAGAUGUUCUCAUGCGGCGGAAAGGUUCCAGGUAGUGUUGUCGAUCUGCUUGUGUGGCUUUUAGCAAAGAAACACUCUUCACUGAUUGGUGUGUUCUCUGCAUGAGUUGCGAGAAUGUCCGGUGUAUGUACGUAAAUCGGCGUUGCUUUGAUGGGCUACCGAAGCCCAAGGUACAUGAAGGUACAUAUGAGUAGUAAAGAUGGAUCACAAAGAGUCGAGAAGGAUUACCAGGUGUGUGGCAGGUACAUGGCGAGAAUGUGCAUUCAGCGUAAUUGG